AUGAGCCGACAGUGCUCCGAUAACAAGCAGUGGUAUGUCUGCCAUAAAGGCCCUUUCCAGGGAUGUUGCUCUGUCGACCCAUGUUCUGAGGGUGUCUGUCCGGACGAUAUUGGUGGAAUAGUCACCACUACCGGCACAUCUACAAAGGUCUAUACCGUGACACCUACAAGGUCCAUCUCUUCGAAACAGUCCACCUUUGAGACCAGCACUGCUACGACUAGUCGUCUUGAGACCACCAGUUCUCCCGGAACCACAACCGCUUCCACAACCAGCACAUCAGGAGCCGGUACCGGUACGAGCGCUGCCGACAACGACAGUGCUGAUGCAGAAACCGGCCAUGGAACGCCCGUUGGGGCUAUCGUAGGAGGGGCGAUAGGUGGCAUCGCAUUUCUCAUACUCCUUGCUAUUGCCUUGUUUUUUGCCUAUCGCAGGCGCAAGAAGCAUGAGAUGACAUUUGAAACCGAUAACAAACCACCACAGAGUGACUCAACAACUACAGAACAAGUCCUACACGCACCAACGAAAAAAGAAAAAGCAGAAACAAGCUCCCUCCUCACCCCAACAGACUACUCCACCAACGGAACCACGCCCAUCUCACCAACCUCCACCGCAGCCGAACUAGACGCAUUCCACCUCUACCCUCCCCAGAUCCCAUACACCUUAUUCACUCACCCGAAUGCAUCAACCCCCGAGCUCAGCGACACGGGAGUCUACAGCCCCCGCGCCGAACUAGCAGCCCGGCCCGGCCGAGAACUCAUAAACAUCCCACAUUACCAACGCCAGUCUUCGAAUCAGUCGAGCUCAUCGCAGGGACCGACACGCGCCGAAUUGGCAGCUCAGCCUUCCAGGGAGUUGAUCAAUGUUCCACACCACCGAUGUCAGCAACCUGCUACACUCCCCACACCAUCACGGGAACAAGUAGACGAGUAUAUGACACGCGCAAACUCACCUCCGAUUAUCACCGCCGAUGGCGUAGUACUGUCUGCGAACUUUGACACUUCUGCUUCUGGGCCGGAUGUUCUCUCCGCUCAUGGCUUGUCCAGUUCCCAUGCGAUGAGUUUUAUGGAUUAUGGCACUGCAAGGAAGUCGAUGCUAUCGGCGCAUCGACCGGAGUGGGCGGAUAGUCCUGGAGAAGGGAAGGCUGACAAGCCGAAAGGAGAGAAACAUACGAAAGGGCCCGAAUGA